AAGCCUUUGACCAACCUUUAUGAAUUCCCCUCGCCACUUAUACCAAAGUUGUUCUACUUUAUGUUGUUCUAUGUGUUUGGAACUUAUAGACCUUAUAUGCCAAUAUAUUUAAAGUCCAUCAACUUUACACCAGCUGUAAUAGGACUCACAUUAUUCUUUCCACCAUUCGUUACAUUCUUGGCUGGUCCAACUUCAUCAGCAUUAUGUGAUCGAUUCAAAUGUCAUCGUAUAGUGAUAACAGUGGCAUCAUCAUGCAGUGCACUAAUCAUACUAUCACUCUACUUUGUAUCCAACCAUGCAUUGGCCAUCAUGAUUGUGAUACUCAACUCAUUGGUUUGGGCACCAAUCAUCCCAAUUCUAGACUCCACUACCUAUAAAAUACUUGGUAGUGCCAGAGAUGUUUAUGGAAAACAGAGAAUGUUUGGAAGUAUUGGAUUUGGAUUGAGUGCAGCAUUGAUUGGUGUUAUAGCCACUCAUUAUAAUAACAAUAGAAUAUAUUGGAUCAACUACAUUAUUAAUCAAAAACAGGAGAUAGUAUUCUUCUUUUAUGGCAAACAGAUUAUUAAUCGAGUUGGAGUGAUCAAGAUGAUAGCACUAUCACAUGUAUUGUUAAUUAUACGUGUUACCUAUUAUAUAUUUGUAUUGGUAUCUGGUGCCAAAGCAUGGGUGGUACUACCUGUGGAACUACUACAUGGUAUAAUAUUCGCAUCAUCAUGGAGUGCUGGAUCCAGACUAUGUUCAGACCUCACACCCAAGGGUCUGGAAGCCACUGGUCAGAGUCUUAUCUACUGUGUAUACAUGGGCCUUGGCCUUGGCUUUGGUUCACUCUUUGGUGGACUGAUCUAUGAGAGUCUAGGUCCUGUAAUGAUGUAUGUGAUCAUUGCCAUCCAGACAUCGAUUGGAUUAUGCAUCUUCCUAGGUUUCCAAUACUUUUAUGGUGGUCCACCAGGUGGACAUCAACAGAUCACCACCAACCCUUCCCCAUUGUCGACGAUGGGCUUGUCCAAGGACUCUGCUAAACUUCUUCAACACAAUGAUCAAUUGACACUAAAACUACAGAUCAAGGGUGAAGAAGAGAAUGGUGGUGAUGAGGAAGAAGACGACCUCUCCUAUCUUAGUCUGAGGUCAUCAAUG